GUCGUCGGCAAUUUCCGGCAAAUCCGAACCUUGAGAGAGUUACACUGGGAGCUGUCAACAGCGGCUGGACUUCGUAGCUUAUUGUAGCCUUCAGACCAAUCAACAUCAUCACAACAUUCAGAGAUGGAUAUAAUUAAUCACCUUGUAGCAUCGGGUACAUUCCGUGUCGCGAAGGAGCCUUUGGGGUUUCUGCGCCUUCUGGAAUGGAUUUUUGCAAUCUUUGCAUUUGCAACAUGUGGUGGUUACUCAGGAGCACUGAAAGUCAGUGUGGAUUGUGCAAACAAAACUGAAAGUAACCUGAAUAUAGAGAUUGGAUUUUCAUAUCCUUUCAGGUUACACCAAGUGUAUUUCGAUGCACCCACCUGUGAAGGCAAAAGGCAGGAGCGUCUGUUUCUGAUAGGCGACUACUCUUCAUCUGCUGAGUUCUUUGUCACCAUUGCAGUCUUUGCGUUUCUCUAUUCGUUGGCAGCAACAGUGGUGUAUAUUUUCUUCCAAAAUAAAUAUCGUGAAAACAACAGAGGUCCUCUGAUUGACUUUAUUGUGACUGUGGUCUUCUCAUUCUUGUGGCUUGUGGGAUCAUCGGCCUGGGCAAAAGGACUCUCUGAUGUCAAGGUUGCUACGGAUCCUGACGAAGUGCUUUUGCUAAUGUCAGCUUGCAAGCAGCAAGGCAAUAAAUGCUUACCUGUUAGAGACCCUGCAAUGUCAGGAUUAAACACAUCUGUUGUGUUUGGAUUUCUUAACUUUAUUCUGUGGGCUGGCAAUAUUUGGUUUGUGUUCAAGGAGACUGGUUGGCACACAUCUAGUCAACGGCACUCUCAAAGCACCAUGGAAAAGCAGCCAGCCUCAAGUGGAUUCAACCAAUCUUACAACCAAGGUUCAUGCGAUCAAGAAAGCUAUGGUCAAACUGGUGGAUACAACCAACAGAGCUAUGGACAGCAGGCAAGCUUUGGCCAACAAGCUUCCUAUGGCCAGAUUGGAGGAUACAGUCAGGGUGGCUACAGCCAGCAACCUCCAACUUCUUUUACCAAUCAAAUGUAAUCCGUUCCAGCUGUAACUUUUAUGUGUUCUUGUCUGAAAUCUUCAUAGUACAAGGUUUUCAGUUAGAGUUGAUUGACAAAAUGGCAUUGAGUAUUGCUGUAAUAUUGGUAAUGAAAAAUAUCAGUAGAAAGUGGCAGUCAUUUCAAAUGUUUGUUAAUAAUGGUGUCCACGUGUUCAAAUGUGGUGAUUAAAGUAUUGAUGGUUACCAUAAGUAAACUCUGCUUUAUAAAAUACCUUUGUGGUGAUUGUCUUUUUUAUGUUGUACUGAAAUGGUAAAAUCUGUUAAAUAGUUGAAAUGCACAAGUGUGAUUUGCUUGUACACUGUUUGUUCCUGCCAUCUGUAGUAGCUUCUCCCUAAGCAAACAGAGAUAAAACUGACUUAAUCCUUUUGCACUUGGGUGAGAAGUAAGCGUCCCUUGCUGACUGUUAAAAUACUGCAUUGUAUUUCAAAAUAGGUUAUGCAUGGAGUUACUAUACCUUUUCCACUGUGGCCUACUUUGAUGUGGUGAUACUUAAGAGCACCUUACGUGAUGUCAGUAGAACAAAUAUGUUUACACUAGAAUGAAAAUUACCUUUGUAAGUCAGCUUUUAAUGAAUGCAUUUUGUUCAAAAGUCUUUAUAUGUCUGAAUGUAAAAGAUAUUUUGAUUAUUUAUCUGUAAAGAUUUGUAUAUGUGAUUAUUUUCAGCAUGCAAGUGUGUAUUUAUAAUAUCUUCUACUUCACUGCAGUGGUUAAAAAAAACUGCAUCAGACAAUCCUAAAAUAUUGAAAGAUCUUUAUUAAGGAAAAUGCUUAAUUUUUAUGAAUAGAAGUACAACCAGCUUGCAACUUGCCACAGCUAUUUCUCCCAGUUAAUCCAUGGUUACAGUCAGUCAUGUAGCUGCCUGCAAUGUUGUGUCACUAUGUUCGCACACUAAUGAAACAGUGGCUGUAGAAAUAUUGGAUUUAUAUGUGUGUAAAACAGUUAAUAUAUUACGCUAGAUAUUUUGGCAUUAGCUAUGGAUAUUAAAGCACAAAGCAACUACUGUUCUUUCCAGUCUUUCUAACAUUUAGUACUGUGGUAUUGUGCAAAUGGUUGAAAAGUAGGUGUGUUAAUGUAUUCAAAGUAAUCUCUAGCAUAUGUGACCACAACCAGGCAAAGUAAACCAGUAGAUAAAUCUCUAAAACCAGUUGCAUGAUUUACACAGUACAGUCUUAAUAAUCUAUAUGUCAUAACAACCCACAUAGUCUGUUUCUUGCCAGAUUUUAAUGGGCCAUGUUUGCUGUCAAAACAAUAGUGGAGUUACUAAUGGUGCUCAAAAUAAUUUACACAAAGAUGCUACAGCAACUUUAAGUGAGGGGCAAAUUUACAUUUGAAACAAAAAUAUUUCAAACUGAAAUGUGAUGCUUCAAAGUUAACACUGGGGGAAAGAUGUACACAAUUGAAAUGCAAUGUACGUCAGAGCAUUGGAUUUAUGCAAGCUAACCAUACUGACAGAAGUCACUUCAUGUCCACAAUAGUCUAAGCCCCCUUUUAACAAUAAGGUAUUAAUCAGUCUUGCCAUCAUCCCCAUCAACUCUAUUCCCAUUCCUCUAUCCCCUGCACUAAACUGUAAUUCAUUCAGGUUUUGAUUGUUUUCAAGAUAAUUUAGCAUUUUUUGUACCUGAUUUUGGUUGAAUUCAUUUGCAUUAAUUUCCAUUUCUAUUUCAGUCAUAAGUCUCCAGAUUGGUUCAGGAGAUGCAUCUUGCUUGUCCUGUUCAGUCAGGUACUAGGUACUUAAUAUUACUUUUUGCAGUCAUAUAAGCUCACACUUUUCGGUGAUUUGUUCCACAUUAAAUUUAAGGACUUAGUGGAUAACUCUGCUCUCUAGAGCAAAGUACAACAAGGCUUACAUAUAGUAAAUAGGAAAGACCUCAUAUAGUGCACUUAAAAGUCAGGAGGCAUAGGCUUAAAGCAUAAGCAAAAGGAUCAGAGGAAUAAUGAGGAAAAUAUUUCCAAAGCCAGGGAAGGGCGUGGCACUCACCAUCUGCGAAAAUGAUACAGGCAGAAAUCUGCAGGGUGACAGGUUUAUGUUUAGAAGGUGGGAUCAGAUUAGAAUUUCUUUUUGCCACUGGUUCCUCCACAUUGGUUUGAACAGCCUCCUGUGCAGUAUGUUUUCCAUGAUUCUAAUGUUUUGAUUUUAUAUUAAAUUAAUUAUUUUAUCAUCAGCAGAAUACUGAACCUUCUAAAGGAGAGUGUUAUACUCUACCCAGACCAACGUUGCCGAAAAUAAAUCAGAAUUUUCAUUGUUGCAUUAUUAGUUAGUUUUAAUUACAUUUUAAAAAUCCAACAAUAUACAAAUAUUUGGCUGAUUUUUAAAAAUUAAUUUACAGUUUCAUACAAAAAUUUAAAUUGAAAUGACAAUUUUUGUGUUGCUCUCAUCACAACUUGAUACAGUUCUUUAAAAAAGCUGAACUGUGUAGUCGUCUAAUGCUUAAUAUCGGUGUAUAGCAACAAUAUUAUUGUUUGUUAUUCAUUGUAUCUGGAUAUGAUUCCUUUGUUAUAAGUACAGUACAUUGUGAUUUGCAUUUUAAAAUAUCAA